GAAGAAGAUGAUGUUGCGUCUCCCUGUUAACAUGCAGCAUAGCCAUAAUAACAGGCAUGAAAUAGUAACAGCUUAAUACAAAUUGGUGAUUCGGUAGUUUUGGUUCUCGCGGGAAGGCAGCGGACAUGGCUGCUGGUGUCUUUCUCUUCGUUGCAGUGAACUUUGCCUGUUUAUCUGUCAGUGGAAACUUGGUGUCUGGAAAAAGCUCGUUCUCUAUAGACUACAAAAACAACAGUUUCCUUAAAGAUGGGAAGCCUUUUCAGUACAUCUCAGGCAGCAUUCACUACUCCAGAAUCCCACGGUACUACUGGAAGGACCGGCUCGCAAAGAUGUACAUGACUGGACUCAAUGCUAUCCAAGUGUACGUGCCCUGGAACUUCCAUGAAACGGUACAGGGGGUCCACAACUUCACAGGGGACCGAGAUCUGGAGCAUUUUUUGGAUCUGGCCAAUCAGACAGGUCUUCUGGUCAUCCUGCGUCCCGGACCGUACAUCUGCGCAGAGUGGGAAAUGGGUGGAUUGCCAGCGUGGCUGCUGCAGAAACCAAACAUCAUCCUUCGCUCAGCUGACGCAGAUUAUGUCCAAGCAGUCAACGAAUGGCUUGCUGUUCUCCUGCCCAAAAUGAAGCCGUGGCUGUAUAUCAAUGGGGGCAACAUCAUAACUGUCCAGGUGGAGAAUGAAUACGGAAGUUACUUCGCUUGUGACUACAACUACAUGCGUCACCUGCGGACUCUGUUCCGCUUCUUUCUGGGGGAAGACACUGUCCUGUUCACCACUGAUGGAAACACAGACAAGGAAAUGACAUGUGGGACUCUGCAGGGAUUAUAUGCCACAGUGGAUUUUGGCACAGACACCAACAUUACUAAAGCCUUCAAACGGCAAAGAAGGUUUGAACGUCGAGGGCCGCUGGUGAACUCAGAGUUCUACACUGGCUGGUUGGACCACUGGGGAGAUGAGCAUGUUGUGGUUGAUGCUCAGAAGGUCAGCAAAGUGCUAGCAGAAAUGCUAACCAUAGGGGCCAACGUCAACAUGUACAUGUUUGAAGGAGGCAGUAACUUUGGCUACUGGAAUGGUGCCGAUCAUGACACAAGGUUCCGCUCAGUAGUGACUAGUUAUGAUUACGACGCCCCGCUGUCUGAGGCAGGAGACCCCACAGAGAAGCUGUUGGCCAUCAGAGACGUCAUUAAGCAGUUUAGAGAUAUUCCCUCAGGCCCCAUGCCACCAGCAACUCCCAAGUUUGCCUAUGGCUUCGUGACCCUGAAAAAGGUUGGCAAAAUCAGCGAUCUAUUGAACACCCUCUCACCAUUCGGGCCGGUGAAGUCCCAGCAUCCUCUGACGUUUGAAGAGAUGAAACAGUUCUAUGGAUACAUGCUUUACCAGACCGUGCUGCCCCGGGACCUCUCGGAGCCUACGCCACUUAUCUCUCCACUGAAUGGAGUUCAUGACCGUGCAUAUGUGUCCGUCAAUGGGGUCUUCCAGGGUCUGUUGGAGAGAGACACUGUGCUGGUGAUGAACGUCACUGGACAGCAGGGGGACACUUUGGACAUCCUCGUUGAGAACAUGGGCAGGGUGAACUUUGGCAGCAAGAUCAAUGACUACAAGGGCCUCUUGAGAAACCUGAUCCUGGGUAAAGAUGUACUGACUGACUGGAAGAUCUACUCCUUGGACAUCGAUGGAGCCAUCUCCGGUGGAUGGCCUCAUUCAGACAGUCAGAAGUCCUUCCCCGCCGCUCAGAAAGACCCUUCAGUUGGACCAGCUAUCUACAUGGGGACCCUACAGCCCAACGGCCUUGCCUGGGACACAUUUCUCAAGCUCAAUAAAUGGACAAAGGGUCAGGUUUGGAUUAAUGGUAUGAAUCUGGGGCGAUACUGGCCAGCAAGGGGCCCUCAACAGACUCUUUAUGUCCCUGGACCCCUGCUCAGCACCACCCUGCCCAAUAACAUCACAGUGCUGGAACUGGAGGGGGCCCCAACACAGCUACGGGUUCUCUUCAUGGACCGGCCUCAGCUUAAUGCCAUUCCUGAAAAGUCUUAACAGAGCACACUGAGGGAUGAAAUCACAAAGAAUAGAUUGCGGUCGCUGAUAGCAACAUGAAUUGUGCAUCAUUUGCAGCCACCAACUGUCCUGUCUCAAGGUCCGAUUCACAAAAGAUACAGCACUAAUGAUAUUACACAGCACACAAGGCCAUACAUUUUUGCAGCUGAGUGCAAUUUGCCAUUUCUCUUGCAGAGGGAGAGGGAAAACAUUAUUUGUUUAUAUGAUUAUAAACUAAUAUAAUCCUUAUCUUUCAUGUAUUUUCAAAAAUGACAUGUAGGUAAGGUUAUUCAUUUAUUUUUCAUGACUGACCAACUGAUUGCAUCCCAAAAUAAACGAGUUUGAGGGGAGCAUGACGAUGCCUUCGUCUGGCUACAAUCACUGCUUCCAUGAUCAAUGGAAAGUCUGCGCUUCAAUUUCCACCGACUCUAAAGACACUAAUAGUUUUACUGUAACUGCGUGUGGCUAUUAGCGCUGAUCUUUGUGAACUGGACUGUUUUUUUGAAAGGGGCAAAUUCUGCACCAAAUGUGCCUGCAACAUUUCCGACAACAUUCUGCUAUACUACAUAGCGAUAUCUGUAUAAAGCAAGUUUGACUGAAGCCAAGAUGAAGUAGUCCUCUGAACAAUUCACCUGAAGUUAGAACAUUGCUAAAUGCUGCAUUAUUUCUGUGCCAUCAUUAUUCUUAAAUCACUUCAGAUUUCAGAGUAUCAUUUGCAGCCAAUUCUUUUUCAUCUCAAUCCUGUGUCAACUGCUUUAAAACAGCAUCUUAAGUCAAACAUUGAUGCAAAGAUGAUUUUGUUCACUGACGCCUGUGGAAAAAGCAAUAUACAAACAGUAUUAAAGUUUUUUUUAUUGUAUUUGCUUUUUUAAUCUUCUCCAUAAUUUCCGAUACUGUGAAUAAAAUAUACAUUUAUUACAUAAUGAUUUAAUACAGUA